AUGCCUUUGGCCUCAUGCGGCUAUUAUGCAGUCCAGAUUCGCAUUUCUAUCAAAAUAAAGCGUCGCCUCAACGCUUUGCAACACGCACUGUCUGUAGCGCUGAUUCUAGAGAGACUGUUCAAUGCUCCUUCCCAGCUCUCCGUGACCUGCGUGAGAGUUACAGUUUUCGCCGUGCCAGACGCGUUUGCUGGAAUUGCACGUCUUUUUCACCACUGGCUUCUUCCCUUGCAAAUCAGCAUGGGCCCAUGCCUACCUCUCCUGGUAACAUGGCGAGAGAUACCACAUCUCGCUGCUGAGAUGCCCAAGUCUGGAAGCAUUGAGGGGAUCACUGUACGCUUCGGGGGGUCUAUCUCUUUCCGUUUUAUGGACUGCCCUUACGUUUUAGUCGCUGUUUGCCUCGAGAAUUGUCGGCGGUCUACUUCUGUUGUGGAUUUCACUAACCAAAAAAAACACCACAACUCAUAUUUGUUGUUGUUGGAUCCAUACUUCGUCUUAAAUUUGGGUGUACAGGUUGUAUCGGUCGUUUUCUGUUGGCAAGCCAUGCAGGCCCUCCAGUGCCGCGUUGCGGAAACAGCCCGACUGGAACAGCAAAAGCCUAAAUAA